AUGUCAAACCAAAAAAAGACUUUCUUCUUGUGCCCAACCUGGGAUUACCAUCCCGACGGACCUAUCAAACUCGGUAACAUCAUCCUCUCUCCCAGUUCUCCGGCCGAGGCCCUAAACUGCUUUGGCAGCCCGCCUCUGACACCGGAUGCCAUAUUCCCUUCGACCACCAAAACUGGGGUGACAUGGGCCAAAGAGAAGCUGCACUCCGGCCGCUACGGCCUGUGGACCGCAUUUAUCACUGGCCUUGGUGUAGCUGCUAACGUCGGCCAUGACUACUCUGCUGAACAACUUUAUGUCUUCGACGCAAUUGAAACCACCGAAAUCAUUCCCACACCAGAGUAUCUGGCACGUAGCAUGGCCUCCCCCCCAGUCGCCAGCUUUCUUGAAAAAAGUCGUUUCCGAAAGCACCUAUAUAUGAUCACAGCGCUCAAGAUUGCACGUGGCGCCCAGGUAAAGUUCGCCCGUGGCUGGUCCCUAGGCGCCGAGCUCCGAGUCGAUCCGGCCCACGCCAUCUCCAGUGCGCCGGCGACCUUGGGACCGGAAAUUCGCGAGAAAUGGAAAGGCGGGGAGAGCUCUUCGUUUGACCGCUCGUCGGAUUUUGUGUUUGCCUUCAGAUUGCGAAAGAUUAAGAUUCAUCGCAACGGGAAGAUCACGCACCAUGAAUAUACGGAAAGAGCUAUGUACGAUGAAGCCGGUGUUUCCCAAGCUGAGCCGCAAAACCUGCCCUUUGAAGUGGAGGGUCUCGCGAAUGAAGAUGCUUCAGCCCAAGAGUUUGGAUGUGUUGCCGUGACGGAAGUUAUCCACGACGAUGAGGAGUGUCUCUGUGUCCAGCUAGACAGAGAACAAUGGUUAUAUGUCUAG